AUGGACUCUACUCCAAGAGCUUUACCCACUGGCGGGUGCAACUUUCGUGAUCUCGCCCAGGCCGGUAUCGCCCUCACUUGCGGCUGUCAAAAAUUCUGGCGCAGGAAACGAAGGAGGGGAAGAAAAAUCACAGAAUCAGCGGGAGGAGGAGGAGGAGGAGGAGGAGGAGGAGGAGGAGGGGAAGGAAGAACUAAACAAUCCCACAAUGAGGGGUUCAAUGGAAAAGAAAUCAGUAGGGUCGGUCGCUUCGGCGAGGAGAAGGAUGGUGAUAGUCUUCGAGGAUUUUCCUCUUUCGCUGAUGACGACAGCGACUCCGACAAGUCUGAAGAGGAUUGCCGAUGUGGUCAUCACGCCUGUUUCCAUUCCUUUGAACGAACUGCUCCGCUCCCUACCCUCCCUGCCCAUUCUCAAUCUACUGGGCGGCGUUAUUCUCUUCAGAUUUCUGACACCCAAGCCUCUCUGCGACUCGACAAUUCUGCAUCAAAUGUGGCUCCCAGCGGAUUCUCGAUAAGUUCCAGUGCGACUAAAACGGAACGCGACUACACAAUGGCCGAACCAAGUCAAUCGGUUCUAGCUACUCGGCCUUUCAAACAAAAUCAUAUGUACCAGCCUUCCCAGGUGGGAACAGAGUUGCCUGCUUCAAAAUCUAACUCACAGGUCACUACUACUGGGAAAGGUGAUGGAUUAAGGAGAGGUGAUGGAUUAGGUGAUCUUCUACAAAGAUUCCAGUCAAUCCUAGAAAACCUGGUGUCAAGAAUAGACCAGCAAGCUCCGGGAAAUGCUGCAGGGAUUGCUGAGAUCAAUUCGAAGUUGACAAAGCUGAUUGAGCUCAAUGAGAAGCUAGAAAAUUCAUCAAGGUCUCAUACUGAACGUUUAGAAACAAUGGAAACAUACGUUGCCGUUCUGGAAGAAGUCCGCGAUAAGAUUGAUUUGAUGGAAGAUCGUGCAAAUGAAGUGGAUGAAAAGAUUUUCAGCUUCGAAAAUCGACUAGAUGAUCGUUUGGUCACAAUCGAGUCCCGUCUUCAAAAGAGCCGGGAGAAGAGAAAGCUUCGAGAGAGGGAGUUUGAUGAGGAUGGAUCAGUUCGAAUUCCAAAGCGACGUAAAGGGGGACGAGGAAAUGAACAUGAAGCGCUGCCUGAAAAAACCAGCCAAUUAGACAUUAGACCCGCAGUCACAGCAAGCUUUAACACGACUACCAGCACAUCGAGCAGUCUUUGCACAGCUACUUCGGCAGACAGAGAUUCACGCAAAAUAACUUCUUCACUCUUGGAACGCCUAGAGUCACGUCUGGUCAAAAUGGAGAAGAAUGCGGGCCCCUCUCCUCAAUCGCCCUGGGUGAUAGAGGUUGUAAUGCUUCCGCCGGCAGCACUGAGGGGAAUUUGGAACGACGGGACUGAAUUUGGUGGGUAUGAAAGUAGUAACCCACAGUCGGUCAGUACGUUCUCUGGGGCCUGCUCUCGAAGGAAGUCCAACGAUUUUAGCGACGGACCUAUCCCUCGGAGCUUUGGCGUGAACUCUCGCUUGUAUCGCAGACUAGGAACCAGAGGCUUUGUCAAGCAUAUCAAUGUUCUGGGACCUACAGCUCAAGACGUAGCAGCUGCGGUGGAUUUAAACUUUGGCAGACUGAUCACUUGGUGCCAUUCUUUCUAUACUCCCGAUGAGAGCGCAUCCCCCCGGCUCCCUUCACAAUAUCAGAGGGUGAGUCUCGGAUGGCAGCCACUCAGAAAGGUCCACAAACAAACAAACUUGGAAUUCCUGAAGCCAGGUGAGAUGAUGGAAAUUAUGUGGACAGCCGACUUCCUCAAGGGAAGUUGUAUCAUGAAAGGCCGCAGAGCGGUGCUUUACAUCACACCACUACUUCCUACACACCCUUCGCCGAUUUCAUCUAUCUCAUGGAACGACAUAAAAACCCUCCCGGAGUAUAUAGCUGUCGCAGAGCCUGAUAAAGAUACAAAACCACCGACCAACCUACAACCCGAUCCCGAAGAUACCGACGAUCCUUGGGCGUGGAAAGAAACGCUCGAUGAUAUUUCUGAAGAGCAACCAGCUUCACCAUCCGUAAGAUCCGUAAGAUCCGUAGCCUCAUGGAGCUCAUUCGGACCAUUCCAAUUGGAAGAUGAAGCACGCGCCCAGCUUGCAGUGGACGAUGAAGAGGAGGAGCCACAACUGAAAACACCUUCUCCAGCGAACUUGGUUGAUUCUGGAUUGAAUGAUUGUAAUUCGUCGGGACCACCGUCCCCGCCGAUAUCGUUCUCGAAUAAAAAAGUCAAGCAUUCAUCACCGCGCCAAGAAAGCGGUAGUCGAGUCCGCGAAGAAAAGACGACGAGGAGACACUUGCGACGACAAAAAAAGCGGAAGGAGCCGCAAGACUCUCUGAUGGACGAAGUCGCGGCUGGCAUAGAAGGCCUGACGCCAACAUUGACGACAACAACGAGAAGUAGCAUACGCCAAUCGAGUUCAAUAGCCACAAGUGGAAAAAGCAGUAUUGCACGAGACUCCUGGUUAUCUAGCUUAUCUCCACUCUCGUUUUCAGCCGUACAGGCGAGCCCGAGAACCUUGGGAUGGGUGAACGAUAACACAAUUCCAGAGGACUUCGAAGAGGAAGAGUAUUCUUCCGAAGAGAAAGAGGAAAACGCGAGCGGGGAUGGUACGGUGGAGGAUCCUAUAGAUAUAAACUAA